AUGGAAAAGAAAUCCGCUAAAGCUCGCCUCAGUUCACCUGAUGGGAUGAAUAAGUUCGGAUUAAACCUUAGACUGUCAGAUGUAGGGGUUCGUUCAUUGACUGGAGAUGAACUAAGACCAAUGGUAUCUCCUAGUUAUGAAGAAGUGCCUAUUUGGAACAUUUUACCAUCAUAUCAAUUGUAUGAGUCAACAUUUUCCAAAAAUAUUACUCCUACAGAUGAAGAUAUGAUGUAUAAUCCACCAACUUAUGAAGCUAGUUCACCUGCUAGCUCUCCUGGGAUUGUAUCAGGAGCAGUAGGGACAGAUCCAACAAUGAAUUAUUUCAAUAGUCAAUCAGUAAGAGUUCCUACAAAUACUCAGGAUUUACCUAAUAGGUGGGAAAAUAGUAUUUUGGCUCAUACUCAUCAAAUGAAACGUUUAACUGAUAUUAAACCUGGAUUGGAUUCUAAUUUGAAGAUCGAGAUUGUUGUUACUGAAGGUCCAUGUUCAAAAGGAAUUCCUUCCAAACCGGUAGAUAUUCUGAGACAAGAAUACCAUCAAGGUGCAGAUAUCAAUGGUUAUGUAUUAUUAGAGAAUAUUUCUAAAGAGAAAAUCAAUUUUGAUAUGUUCUCUGUGGUGUUUGAAGGGAAAGUCUCGGUAAUGGGGGAUGCUAAUGAUCCCAAAAAACCCAGUGUUUUCUUUAAAUUCUUGAAUAUGUUUGAUUAUGAUGCUUCUUGGUCUCCAGUACAACUUGAUCAAACAGCUGAAACCGAUAGUGAUGGAACGGUUUUAAAAUUCCCCUUGGAAAAGUAUUUUGAACCUCAUGUAGUCUACAAGAAAUUCUUUAGUUUUAAGUUACCCGAUAGAUUAUUAGAUUGUGCGUGUGAAGCUCAUAGUUUAACUCGUCAUUGUGAAUUACUUCCUUCCAUUGGGUUAGCUAGAGAUCAGUUCAUGCAACUGAUUAGGAAAUUACGUCAACGAGGUAGACAAACUGGUUCGGCAGAAUUUUCCUUAACUCCUACCAAAUCAAAUACUCCCAAGAAGAAACCCAUUCCUCCUAUUGUUAAUGAAAGAAUCAAAGACUUAUCAUUCCCAGAUACAGCCAUUAGUUAUAGUAUUGAAACUAGAGUGGUGGCCAAGGCUAGUAAUUAUCGAAAGAAAUUACCUCCCAUGGAAGGAGCUGAUGAAUUCAUUAUUCUUGAGGAUUGUAGUGGGUUUGUAAGAAUCAUACCUGGAAACAGGUCCAAUGAAGUUGAUUUAGAAAAUCUUGAAACCGAAGCUAGAUUGAUGUAUAGGAAUCUUGUUGAUAGAAUUACUGAGAAGAUCGCUUUAGGUAAUGAUUUGAUUAAUAAUACCGAUAAUGGAGUGUCUGCAUUGACCAGGAAUCUUUCUAUCACCAAGAGAAGACAAUUAUAUACAUCUUCAAGUUCUAAAGGUAUGAAAUCAAUAAGUCCUUUGAAAAAUGGUGAAACAUAUUCUAUCUCAUUACCUUUGAAAAGGAAACAAACCAUCACUUCAGCUGCUAAAUUAUCAGGUUUAUUGGAAAUUUCAACUCCUAAAAUGAAUCACAAAAUCAAAUAUGUCCCACCUUUCAAUUUCGUAAGUCAAUCCCAUUCAAACUUAUCCACUAAACUUUCAUUCCCAGUGGAUUUGAAUUUCAUCCCUUCAGGUGAUGCCAAAACCGAUAAAGCUCCUGAAAUCAAAACCGUAUGUUGUGAAAUCGUUGUAUUUACUUAUAGGUCGAAGAAAUAUCCUGUUCCGAUUGAAAUUGACCCCGAAUUAGUAUACAAAAAUGUCGCCAGUCAAACUGAUAAUUUCGAACAUAAUGUCUCCCAACCUUUCAAAAAGUAUCUCAACGACAUAACCAACCUUACUAAGAAAUUAGGGGCGGAAUUAUUAGGUGUAGAUGCCCGAUUAUCUAUGGAUAUCAAAGCACUCGCCGAUUUAUCAUGUAAAUAUCAUAAUCUUAAAGUUGAUGAUGUUCAAAUAAGAUCCGACAAAGGUCUUAGUAAUUGGAAAUGUGAAUUGGGAUCUCCUGCUAAUAACGGUAAAGGUCAAUACCUGAAAACCAUCAACGUUUCCAUGGAUCUUCAUCAUAGUCUUUCAAAAGAAAUCAAUGGAUCAAAUGAAGAAAUCCAUAAGGGAUACCUUACUUUAGUACCCAGUUUCCAAAGUUGUGUUAUAGGACGUAUUUAUUUCCUCCAAGUAACUAUCAAGUUCCAGAACCAUGAAUCUGCUAGCAUUAAAAUCCCUUUCAAAAUCCAAUUGUAA